AUGUCAUCCUUCAAAAAACUUAAAGAGCUGCCUACCAGCCUGGCCAUUCUUAUUGCUUUGAAGCGCUUGGAUAUUCAACGUUGUCAUUCACUAGAGAGUCUUCCUGAAAGAGUACUGGAAGGUUUAACUUCACUCAAGGAGUUAUUCGUUCAAGAUUGUGCGAUAUUAAAAUCUUUAUCAAAGGGACCGCAACACCUAACAGCCCUGACAAGAUUAGUAGUUGCUCUUUGUCUAGAGAUGAUGGCCUUGCCUUUUGGGAUUCAAAACUUACACUCUUCAAUCACUGGUUAUCUGGAAUUGCCCUCACCUUCAAUCUCUUCCAGCUGGCAUUAUGGAAAUGAACAAUCAGCAGGCGUUGCGAAUUGUUUAUUAUCCAGAACUGGCAAAGCGCUGCGAGAAGGGGAUAGGGGAGGACUGGAACAAAAUUGCUCACAUUCCAAAUUUGUUUAUGAGUUAGUUUAUUUGUAA